AGAAAGCCAAUAGCAGGGCAGGAGACCAUCUUUUCAAUAUUUCAGUUUUUUCUCUCGUGUUCAUUCAGAAUUCCCAAUCAUACAAGAGGUUCUUCAUUUACAGGUAUUAUUUACAAUUGUAGGCAUUAAUUUUUAUCUUUUGUUCUCUGAAGGUUUUUAAAUGAUGAACUUGGUUUUGAUUCUUGGGUGCUGACAGAAACAUUGAAUCCGGGUAUGUUGGUUCUCAGUUAAAGGAAUUCUCUUGCUUUGGACGUCAAUGGCGGAUCGUUCACUCCUCCCAGCAAGCUUCUGGACUCAGUCCAAUGCUUUGCUCAGAAAAAACUUAACCUUUCAGGUCUAUAUCUCUUGAGCUUUCUUCUGCUUGCUCAUUGGUACUAUCCAAUUUAUGGUAGAUAAAGAAUUGGGUAAACCCAAUGAUAAGUGUGGACAAUUGUGCCAUCCCCAAGCCUACAGAAUGGCCUCCAUUGUUGCAGAUGCCAGCUCCUCGUUAUCGCGCGGUGAGAAGUGAUUUUGUUCCAUUUACAGACUUGCCAAAUGAGUCAUGCAGGAAGACAGUCAUGCCCUGUAACAAUACUUGUGACUGGGAAUAAUCAGUCCUUUGGAGAAACUGUGGCUGGGAAUUUGUUCUUGAAUUCUAUCUCACUGGACUCAACGAGCUUCAUGGACAACUUCUCCAAUAAUGUCAUGGGAACAGAAUCCAGACUUGGAGACUCAAUUUUUCCCGAUCCUGAUUUCAUGUUCGAUCACAUCUAUGACCAGGCCAGCGCCUAUGUGUCAAAAGAGUAACGCCGGGCUGCUAUACUAAUUUUUUUUAAAAUUCGGAAAAACGCGUAUAGCCGCACGGCUAUAUUAUUUCUUUAGAAAAUUAGUAACGCCGCACGGCUAUACUAUAUAGACCGGCCAGUAUCUACGCGCCACAUGUUAAAACGUAAAGCCUGGCAGUGAUACUAUUUUAAAAAAAAAAAAAAAAAAAGAGGGUAUAGCCGCACGGCUGUACUAUUUCUUAAAAAAAAAAUCUCAAAAAAUCUCCACCCAGUGCCUAUGCUCCACGUAUCAAACAAGUAAAGCCGCGCGGCUAUACUAUUCUAAUAAAAAACUCAAAAAAAUCUAGUAUAUAUAUAUAGACCUGCCCAUUGCCUAUGCGCCACGUGUAAAACAAGAAAGUGGCUAUACUAUUUUGAAAAAAAAAAAAAGGAAAAACACCCACUCGAAUAUUAUUACUUUAUUGAAUUUAUUCUUACCUGGCAGGCAACAAAGAUCCUCUGGUCAACCACAAAUUGACCGGCCUCCUAGACUAAUUCCAAACCCAACCCAUUGUAUCG